AUGCCAGUGUUUGACAUGUUGGAAACAUUCUUGGUGAAGAAACUGAAAUUCACACCAUGUUUCAGGCUUCGUCUUAUUACCCGCACUCUAUACGUUGCUUUUACAAUGUUUAUAGGCAUGUUGAUCCCUUUCUUUGGUAGCCUGCUUGGGUUCUUAGGAGGAUUGGUGUUUGCACCAACGACCUACUUUCUCCCCUGUAUCAUGUGGCUUGCAAUUUACAAACCCAAAAGGUUUAGCCUAACAUGGUUUACAAAUUGGAUCUGUAUAAUUCUGGGAGUGGUAUUGAUGAUUCUAGCUCCCAUUGGUGCCCUAAGGCAGAUCAUCCUUCAAGCCAAGACCUUCGAAGUGUUCUUAUGAUGAUCUUCCCACUGCAAAAAGGAUUUGAUCGAUUGUCUGAGAAGUUGAAUAAUGGUGCUCGUCCGAAGAGCCAAAUGAAACAGUUGGUUCUCCUCUUAAAGUCUUAUAGUUUUCUGUUCUUUCAUUUGCUUGUA